GUCGAAUUUGUGACCUUUUAAAUACAGAAUCAAAGGCUUGUCCACGCCAGUCAAGGAACGGGAAGAGCUGAUUCUAUUCAAGAUGACUUCUAUCGAUUAUCAAGGUGGCAAGCGCUAUGGACAACUUCGAACCGACCAAGAAAGAAAUCUAGAUGAAAUCAACAAGUCCUUCGUAGACAGCGGCGAUUACGAUGACGAAGAUGACUACCCUGAUCUCAACGAUCGGCUGGAAGGCUACAAAAAGCAGUUCAUGGAAUUUGACGAAGAUAAUUCGGGGGAUAUCGACAUCAUGGAACUCAAACGCAUGAUGGAAAAACUUGGACAAGCGAAGACCCACUUGGAGCUGAAGAAAAUGAUCGCUGAAGUCGAUACAACGAACUCAGGAACAAUUUCGUAUACCGAAUUUCUGACAAUGAUGCUCGGAAAGAAAUCAAGUGUUCUGAAAUUGAUCUUGAUGUUUGAAGAAAAGAAGAAGGAGAAAGCAAAACCGAAAGGCGUCGCCCCAAAGAGAGAUCUUUCCAGCUUACCUUAGGCAGGCGUCUAUUCAGUGAUCAGCCUUUCGUUCGGCUGUCACACAAAAAAGGGUGAAAAGGCUGCGUGACUGUCAGAAGGAAUAUGGCAGUCUACGUUUAUUCAAAUAUAACUGCUUUAAAUCAUAUUUUUACAACAGUAAAGAACUUUCAUGAUUUCAAGAAUCAAUUUAUAACGAAUUACUCAAACGGCGUAGGUAUUUAGGGACGUGUCAAUAAAACGUUCGUACCAGUACGGAGUUUGCGUUUAAAAGGAGGUCAAAAUUUAUAGCCCGUUUAAAAUGUAGAGAACGAGUGCCAGUUAAUGAAUGAAAAUUGAAACUCGGUGUGUCAGCAUUCAUAAACAAAUUGCAUGAGACUUUAUCAUUAGAAUAUCAGUCUUUUUCUGACAGAAAGGGGUGAUAAUUUGUAAUUAAUAGCGUGAAAAAACUCAGAAAAUCGAUACGUCACUUCAACGUGAUUUGCAAUAAACAGUAUAUUUUUA